UGCUUUCCUCCAAAUAAAGAUCAUCAAUAGUAUCAUACAUCCUCCAAGGUAUAUUUAUAAUAGUUACAUUUUUAAUACAGAUAUAUUCCACAUCUGUAAAUAAACCCACGACCUAAAGGGUCAUUGGCGAAUUAGGAGUGUCACUACGUAACCAUAAACAAGACGUGAAAACUAGACCAUGCUAUGCAAUGCUUGCAGUAGCCUGGUUUGCUUUUGCAUGUCGAAUCAUUUUCUGAAUUUGUAAAACAAAGCAUAACACCUUCCAUGGGAAGCGGUUGAUCUAUUCACCCAUAGCGGAAGUGCAUGACUUCCGAGGCCGCAGGGCUACGUGUUCAUUUUGUUCUAAUUAUGAUAAAUCGCUGAGAUAGCUAGUGUUCCGCUAUCGACGCGAUGCUCUUAUAUUUUUAGUUCACUUCAGAUUACUCAACGGAGCGGUCAUCCGACCAAACCAUCUCUAUACUCCAGUGAUGGAGCAGCUAAGAAAUAAAGUUGUUAAAGUUGUACUACAUCCAUUUGAGUCAUCUCCCUUAUUCUAAAGAAGAACCAACUCUACUAGAUAUCACUCAGACAAGAAGGGAAAGUAGAACCAACAAUGCUUACAAACAACAGUCGUAAGAAAAGACAUACUAACUGUCGCUGUCUUAUAUCAUUAUACUAAGUGGACAAGCGGGAGUUACAUACUGGUGGCAGCUAUUAGCCUAAAUCUACAAUUACAAAAAAACCAUAUACGUCUGCCUAAGAAAUGUAUCAUCGAAUACCAGCUAUAAAUCAGUAAUAAACUGAGGAAAUAGGAUCUUCAAUCAACAAGCAACUGUAAACAUCCUACGAACACAAAGAAAUGUCCUUCAUCGAGACGAAUUCGAGCAUCAACAUCGACGUUUAGUGAACGACUUUCAUCACAUAUCUUCAAGAAUCUGACCAGACUUGAAGCAGCAUCGGAUCAUCAACGGGAAGAGAAACAUUCAUCACGACGACAACGGUCUUUCCUGCAACGCGAGAGAGAGAGAGAGAGGCUGUGACGUCAUCACGACAACAACACUUCUACCUGCAAUGCGAGAGAGAGAGAGAGGCUGUGACGUCAUCACAACAACACUUCUACCUACAACGCGAGAGAGAGAGAGGCUGUGACGUCAUCGGAAUGUCAACAUUCUUUCCGCAUAUAUACCAAAGCUAAGUACAUCCUUUAUCCAUUCAGGUUUUAUCAGUGAAGUGUUUUACAUCACGAGUCGAUCGUCCAGUAUUCCUGGGGUUUCCAAAAUGAAGCUUUUAUUGUUAGGAGUAAUACUGUUCGUUCAGACAUCUUUAUCGUGUGGGAAGCGCUAAAACCAAAAAUAUAGAUCUUACUCAUGGCACCAUUGUAGAAAGAACAGAAGACGUUUUCAUUACCACAAGCAAUAUAGUUAUAGAAAUGGAUAUGCAGGCGAUCUUUCUCCCGGAGGAUGACGUCAUUAACCUAAAGAGUGACCUGUUGCGGUUUGCUGUUUCGUUGAAUGAAAUGCACCAACGUCAUUUUCCUGCUAACCCAGAGAGUUCGCUAGCACAAACGCUGAGUGUCGCGGAAAUGUUAUCAUACAACUUGCAAAAUAAAACCGCCGAGGCAGAAGCUCUGGCUCGAGAUCUGCUUAUGUGGACUGUGCGGCACAAUAACCUCGAACGUCACAACCCGUUUAUCUUUGCUGCAUUAAACAUCUUUGGAUCUGUUGCAAGUUUAGGCUUAGGAAUUUCAAAUCGUCUUAAAAUAAAUUAUCAGAAUAAGAGAAUUGAGUUUUUGCAACAUGAAAACGAAUUAGUUUUGUCAGAAUUGCGCAACCAGUUAUCCUCAAUCAAUCAAAUAAUGAGUUUGGUGAACGAACAUUCUAGUAAUAUCGAUCAGAUUAUGGAAGUGCAACACUUGCUGGCUACGUUAGCUUAUUAUAGUUCGAAAAUAGAUCAUAUCCGUACCAAAAUUUCACAUUUUAUUGAGAAAUCAAAAGACUAUGUAGAAGCUAUUACGCUAGCAACAAGGGGUGUUUUAUCCCCACAUCUUUUGCCUAUUAAAGAUCUGACUUUAACUUUGGAGAACAGACGGGAGAAACUAGGUUAUGUUCCUUUAUUAGACGCCCAUAAGAUAGAAUUUUAUUAUAGUUUAAUAUCAGUAAGCGUUGAAAAUUACAGGAUCAUGAUCACAAUUCCCUUUGAUUCUUCUGAUGCCUGGCAAGCAUACAAAAUAGCACCAUUCCCAACUUUCAUGACGAAUAACUCAAGUCCAGUAAUAUCCAAUUUGACGGGACACGUAUUGAUUUCCCCUGAUAGGGAAUCAUAUACAGUCAUUAAAGACUUAGACAAAUUCACUCACUGUUCAGAAGCCAUGAAUAAUAAAGUUUGUACAGCUGACUCCUUCGAAUUCCAUCCUAUGUCAAUGGAUUCGUGCGAGUUAGGUAUAGUGCUAAACUGUUCUCUCUCCCAUACACACGAAGGUUGUCUGAAAAAAAUUUAUCCUUUUGACGAUAAUAAGUUCAAUUUCAGACUGAACAACGGCUCGUGGGUACGAUACGACAAGGCCGGCUUCGAGGUGGCAUGUCCAGACUGGUCCACAGCCCACUCCAAGGUUUUCUUUGCAGCCGAUGGUUGUACCGGGACGUCCACGAACUACAGGUCCAAGGGGUUAACACUAUCAUCCGUGAACGGGCCUACUUUGCGAACUUCACAUGGACAACUACUGUUAUCCCAUCACUACCUCUCCCAUACAAAGCGAAGGUGGCUCAUCGUUUAACGCAACUAGCUGAGAUGGACCACACAUCACCGACUUAUGCAGGAGGAGAAAAUCUUCGUUUCUACGUAUCGCUAGCCGUGUUUUGCGUUACGGUGGUGAUUUUUAUCAUCGUUAACAUCUUUGCUUGGCGUAGGUUGAGGCGAACACAGAUGGAUCUUCAGAGGAACGUCUUACCACGUCCAGACAAUACUCCUAUUGCGUUAAAGGCAUUUACGUUUAGAGCCAUUUGAAAUUGGCCAUUUCACUUGACUCGGAGGAAAAUUGUUUGGAAUUGAGUUGUGUGUGAAAAGCGGUCUGUACGCUGGCAAUAUGUAGGACAAGAAACUCCAAACCUUUGCAUUAUUUUUUAAAUAUAUGAACAGUUAAAAGUAUCUUUCGGGCACCUAAUAAAAUAUUGAAGCCCUAUAUAUUAAAAUGUUGGUGCAUGUACGUACCAGGAAUCUAUAUCUUGUGCACAGUCAUAUGUUAUCUUUAUAUGCUUACAAAGAGUAACAAAUAUUCUUAAACAGUUAUCCAUGAUCAUGUAUAAAUUAUGUAUCUCCACGGGGUAACAACUAUUCUUAAUCGGGUUACCUAUUACUAUAAUCACUCAUGUAUACAUGUUAACCUUUUAUUUUUUGGUACCUCAUAAUCAUUUAUUAACAUUAUACCAUAUAUAGUAAACAUGGAUCUGUAUUUUUCAUGCAUUUUCUUUACUUAUGAAUAUGUCCAUUAGGUAUGUAUUUUUUUUUUUCUAUAUACUUUUAUGCAUAUUUUUCUUAAUCACUUGUUUAUGGCUAUGACUAAAUAUAUAUACGGUCACACUCCUAAAAAACCAGGUUUAAUGUAAUUUUUUUAUGUUCAAUGCUUGAAUGGUAGCUGUCUGAGCCUAUUGUAAUAGUUACAUUUUUAAUACAGAUAAAUUCCAUAUCUGUAAAUAAACCCACGACCUAAAGGGUCAUUGGCGAAUUAGGAGUGUCACUACAUAACCAUAAACAAGACGUGAAAACUAGACCAUGCUAUGCAAUGCUUGCAGUAGCCUGGUUUGCGUUUGCAUGUCGAAUCAUUUUCUGAAUUUGUAAAACAAAGCACAACACCUUCCAUGGGAAGCGGUUGACCUAUUCACCCAUAGCGGAAGUGCAUGACUUCCGAGGCCGCAGGGCAACGUGUUCAUUUUGUUCUAAUUAUGAUAAAUCGCUGAGAUAGCUAGUGUUCCGCUAUCGACGCGAUGCUCUUAUAUUUUUAGUUCACUUCAGAUUACUCAACGGAGCGGUCAUCCGACCAAACCAUCUCUGUACUCAAGUGAUGGAGCAGCUAAGAAAUAAAGUUGUUAAAGUUGUA